GUGCCUUGCGCGUUUAUUAAACUCAACAGGAGGAUGGCUGAGUCUGCCAAGGGAAAAGAGCACGGUCACGGACAUGCUCACGGUGACAAGGAAGGAUUUGAACCGUUGAUGGAAGAAUACUAUCAAGGGAAACACUUGACUGAACCUGUGAAAGAAAUCAAUGAUAAAUGGAAGUUGUUACCGGCGUUUUUGAAAGUGAAGGGUCUUGUCAAGCAGCACAUUGAUUCGUUCAACUACUUUAUCAAUGUCGAUCUACGCAAAAUCGUGAAAGCCAACGAAAAAGUCACGUCCGACGUCGAUCCUCACUUUUACCUAAAAUAUACUGGAAUUCGUGUGGGUGCACCUGAACGUACCGAUGCGGAUGUCGCCAACCGCAGUUACACCCCUCACGAGUGUCGUCUUCGCGAUCUGACCUAUUCCGCCAAUAUUUUCGUCGAUGUCGAAUAUACGCGUGGCAAGCAAAUUGUGAAACGUAAAAAUGUUAACAUUGGUCGUAUCCCCAUCAUGUUGCGAUCCUCGCAUUGUGUUCUUCGAGGCAAAUCCGAAGCAGAAUUGGCGAGAAUGAAGGAAUGUCCACUGGAUCCCGGUGGGUACUUUGUGGUCAAGGGAACGGAAAAAGUUAUUCUCGUCCAAGAACAAUUGUCCAAGAAUCGUAUUAUUGUCGACAUGGAUAAAAAGGGAAACAUUAUUGCAAACGUACAGAGUUCCACUCAUGAACGUAAAUCCAAGACGGCCAUCUUCGUAAAAAAUAACAAGAUCUACUUGAAACAUAACUCUAUUGCCGAAGAUAUUCCGGUCGCCAUUUUUAUGAAGGCCAUGGGUAUUCAAUCCGAUCGAGAAAUUGCUCAACUUGUCUGUGGCAACGACCAUGAUUUGCACGAUACAUUCGCUAUCAAUAUUGAAGAAUCGUCUCGUCUGCGUGUCUUUACUCAAUUACAAGCUUUGGAAUACAUUGGCGCCAAAGUGAAAGUGAAUCGAAAACUCGCCACUGUUCGCAAAACCAUUGCUGAAGAAGCGCUUGAAGUGCUGGCAACAGUUAUCUUGGCUCAUGUGCCUGUGGAGAAUCUGAAUUUCCGUGAAAAGAGUACCUAUGCAGCGGUCAUGAUUCGUCGUGUGCUCAUUGCGAUGAAUGAUCAGGUGCAAGUCGAUGAUCGUGAUUACGUUGGUAACAAGAGAUUGGAAUUAGCUGGCCAGUUGCUUUCGCUGUUGUUUGAAGAUUUAUUCAAGAAAUUCAACUCGGAUCUGAAAAUGAAUGCCGACAAAGUGUUGAAGAAACCGAAUCGUACACAAGAAUUCGAUAUUUUCAACCAGCUCGUGCUGCAUGGUGAUCACAUUACGAGUGGAUUUAUUCGUGCCAUUUCCACCGGUAACUGGGUCCUGAAACGUUUCAAAAUGGACCGUGCAGGUAUUACCCAGGUGUUAUCGCGUCUCUCGUAUAUUUCGGCUUUGGGUAUGAUGACCAGAAUCAAUUCGCAAUUCGAGAAGACGAGAAAAGUCUCGGGUCCCAGAGCGCUGCAGCCUUCUCAGUGGGGUAUGCUUUGUCCUUCGGAUACACCGGAAGGUGAAGCUUGUGGUCUUGUAAAGAAUUUGGCUCUGAUGACCCAUAUUACCACGGAUGAUGAGGAAGAACCUAUCCGAAAGAUUGCGUUCUCUCUCGGUGUGGAGGAUGUGAAUCUUUUGACCGGUGUGGAAUUAUAUCAACCCAACACGUUUGUCGUCCUUUUGAACGGUGGCAUUCUGGGUGUGACGCGACGAACGAAGCAGUUUGUUGCCGACUUUCGACGACUGCGUCGUGCCGGUCGUAUCUCUGAAUUUGUCACUGUCUUUGUGAACACGCAUCAACGAACCGUCAAUUUGUCCUCGGAUGGUGGUCGUAUUUGUCGUCCCUUGAUUAUUGUCGAAAACGGUCGCCCGAGAAUUACACAACAACACAUCGAUGAUUUGAUUAGGGAAAAAUUAACGUUUGACGAUUUCUUGAAGAAAGGUCUUGUCGAAUAUUUGGAUGUCAAUGAAGAGAGUGAUGCGAAUAUUGCCACGUAUGAACGCGAUAUUAUACCACAGUCGACCCAUUUGGAAAUUGAACCAUUUACGAUUCUUGGUGCGGUGGCUGGCCUUAUUCCUUACCCCCAUCACAAUCAGUCUCCCCGUAACACUUAUCAAUGUGCUAUGGGUAAACAAGCUAUUGGUGCCAUCGGUUAUAAUCAGCUCAACCGUAUUGAAACGCUGAUCUACUUGAUGGUGUAUCCACAACAACCCAUGGUCAAGACAAAGACAAUUGAACUUAUCGGUUACGACAAGCUUCCUGCUGGUCAGAAUGCCACCGUCGCAGUUAUGAGUUAUUCCGGCUAUGAUAUUGAGGAUGCUUUGGUACUGAACAAGGCUGGUCUGGAUCGAGGUUUUGGACGUUGUCAGGUCAUGAGAAAAUACGCUACCAUGGUGAAGCGAUAUCCCAAUGGAACCCAUGAUCGUUUGGCCGAUCCACCGAAUCGCGAAUCGGAUACGUGGGAUCCUGCAUUUGAUGCGAUUGAAGCAGAUGGUAUUGCCGGUGUGGGUGAGCCUCUGAAUGAUGGCUCGGUGUAUAUUAACAAGCAAACGCCGGUGAGCAGCGGCAUCGAUAUGGGUGUGGCUGGUUCGGCGCAGACCGUGGCCUACAAAGCAUCGCCGAUGCGAUACAAGUCGCCGCAAACCGGCUACGUGGACAAGGUGUUGUUUACAACUACGGAAAGUGAUCAAACUUUGAUCAAGGUCAACAUUCGUCAAACGCGUCGACCUGAACUGGGUGAUAAAUUCUCUUCGCGUCACGGACAGAAAGGUGUUUGUGGUAUUAUUGUACAGCAAGAAGACAUGCCAUUCACCGAUCUUGGUGUUUGUCCGGAUAUUAUCAUGAACCCUCACGGUUUCCCCUCGCGUAUGACUGUGGGUAAAAUGAUUGAAUUGCUUGCGGGCAAAGCCGGUGUGUUGGCGGGCAAGCUGCAAUACGGUACGGCGUUUGGCGGAAGUAAAGUUGAAGACAUGAGUCGCAUCUUGAUUGAACACGGGUUCAAUUAUUCGGGCAAGGAUUACGUAACUUCAGGUAUUACUGGCGAGCCUCUUUCUGCAUACAUUUUCUUUGGCCCCAUCUACUAUCAAAAGUUGAAACAUAUGGUCAUGGAUAAGAUGCACGCUCGUGCUCGUGGACCGCGUGCGACACUGACGCGUCAACCUACAGAAGGUCGAUCUCGCGAUGGUGGUCUUCGUUUGGGUGAAAUGGAACGUGAUUGUUUGAUUGGUUACGGUGCCAGUAUGCUUUUGCUGGAACGAUUGAUGAUUUCGUCGGAUGCUUUUGAAGUUCAUGUUUGUGACAAGUGUGGCUUGAUUGGCUAUGCGGGUUGGUGUCAAUACUGUAAGAGUAGCAAGAACGUCAAAACCAUGCAGAUACCGUACGCUGCCAAGCUAUUAUUCCAAGAACUCAUGGCCAUGAACAUUUCCCCGAGAAUGAUCCUAGACGAUGCAUUAUAAAAUGAAAAAUAAUCACUGUAAAUAAUAAUAAAAAAAAGAGAGACAACUCCAUCAUAUUCAUCCAGCAUCCCCACAUCAAUAAAUUGCUUUCAAG